UUUCUUGUUAGUCGUCAGCAUUGUGCAUUAAGCAGUGCAGAUAUGGCCGGAGGCAUAGAUCUAACAGGCCCUUCUGUUGGGUUAAAAACUGCCAUUGAUGGAAACCAAGAACCUGACAGAGGAAAUCCCAACAGAAUUGGUAUUGAUGUCCUCGUGUCUGCCAAAGUGCCAAAGGCAGUGUCACCUGUUUCAUCUGUGGCAGAGAGGGACACCAUCAGGCGGCCACGUGGGAGGCCCGCUGGGUCUAAAAACAAGCCGAAGCCACCAAUAAUUGUCACCCGAGACAGUGCUAAUGCAAUCCGUGCACAUGCUAUGGAAGUGAGCUCCGGCUACGAUGUGAGUGAAAGCUUAGCUGAUUUUGCUUGGAGGAAGCAACGCGGCAUUUGCAUACUUAGUGGCAGUGGAUAUGUAACAAAUGUGACGCUCCGACAACAAACCUCGUCCGGAACAAUUGUGACACUUCAUGGUCGGUUUGAGAUUCUUUCAUUGAUUGGAUCAAUCUUGCCUCCACCAGCCCCACCGGGCAUAACUGGCCUGACAAUCUACCUAGCGGGGCCUCAAGGGCAGGUUGUGGGUGGGGGCGUGGUUGGUGCACUCAUUGCUUCUGGCCCAGUUGUGAUCAUGGCUGCAUCAUUCAUGAAUGCCACUUUUGAUCGCCUGCCAUUGGAUGAUGAUCAUGUAAUUGCUGCUGCGAAGCAGAAUCAACAUUACCAAAACGGUCGUCAUCAUCCGCUUGAUAUUUCAGAUUUAUAUGGGAUGCCACAGAACUUUCUCACCGAUGGUACCGUGCCCCCGGAGAUAUACUCUUGGGCACCGGGGAGAACGAUGUCAAAAACCAAACCAUUUUAGCUGCAGUUCAGAGCUCUAUCAUAUGCAUUUAUAAUUAAUCUCAAAAUGCUGUCAGUACUUCUAUGUUGUCGUUGAACGGCAGAAGUUUAUUGUAACUUGGGGUAGCAUCGGCGCAUCACUAGCUAAUCCAUAUUUCAU